CCUCCCUUCCCCUUCCAGUGCAGGAGGUCGGAAGGGGAGGGUCUGCUGUGGCGUUUGUGGGAAAAGCUUCUACGACAAAGGAACAUUGAAGAUCCACUACAACGCAGUCCACCUGAAGAUCAAACACCGCUGCACGGUGGCUGGUUGCACCAUGGUCUUCAGCUCGCUGCGCAGCCGCAACCGACACAGCGCCAACCCAAACCCACGGCUACACACGGGUGCCAGCAGAGACACACACACCCACAGAAACACACACUCUGACCCACACAUGAGCAUACACACUGAGACAAAGAUACAUGAUAAGAACAAACACACGCGUAUGUGCAGCGAAAAAGAGAUCAGAAACACACGUUGGCAACAGGAUGAUGAUUCACACACACUCAUUCACGCACACACCCCGAGGGAUGGGUUAAACAGUCGCACAAACCCCCGACAUGGCUGCCGGCAAGACACACUCCCUCAAGUCGACUCCCCUGCUCCUUCUCCUCACCCUCUAUCCCAGACUCUGAGCCAAGAAGCCAACCAGGACUUCCCCCUGAGUGACCUGCACCCCCAGGCCCUGCCUCCUCCUCUCCUCCCAGCUCACAGUGCCUCCUCCCUGGGCUCACCUCCCUCGCUCGCCCCUUUGGUGGUUCCUGCACCGGAGGAAACCGAACGCUGCCAAGACCUGCUCGCCCUCCACACAAACCAAACUCCACUGUCUCCCCUCCGUGGCCCCACCCCUAUCACCAUGACAACCUGCAACAGCCAAUCUGUGUCCUCUGAUUAUGGUGUUACAAAAGGAAAAUGCGAACGGACUUGUAUCAGCCCGCUGACCAAUCAGCAGCGAUGGUGGCAGUCAGGUGACCCCACACCAAAGAAGAAGCCCAGAAAGUCGAGCAUGCCGGUGAAGAUAGAGAGAGAGAAGGUGGAGGGGAGGAGAAAUGAGGAAGAGGAGGAGUGUUUUGUUGCUUUCAGUUCAGCAUAAACAUGAGAUUAAAUCACUUCAUCAUAGACUUUUCUAUUCAAAUGAAUUUUUCU